UUUGAUAAAGUGAUCGCUAUAAAUGCUUUCCUGGGUGUUGUCUUGUAUUACGAAUUUCCUGUGUAAAUUACUUGCAGUGAUCUUUUCUGGCUACCAGGCUUAGUUGGUUUACAAAGUUAUUGCUUUCUAUUUAUUACCCUUGCUUAGUCACGUAUAACAUUCUUUUACUGUAUGUGGUAAUUUUCCAGUUCCAACAUUCCUGGACACCGUUGUCAGAUUAUUUUUCUCAGGACAGACCCUCUGAUGCUGGGUCUCUACUCGGACUCUAUUGCUGACUCCGCAGACCUUAAGAACUGAACAAACAUCUAUCUGCUCCUUAAAUUGUCCUUUACGGUGUGGUAAGAUUCAUUCUUCAACAUCCCCUCCCCUUUAAGAGUUAUCUUCUGGCGUCUAUAACCUCUGCUCUGUACUUAGGUACUUAGACAUCUAGCCAGCCACAGAUCAUUCUUUCCUGCUGCAGAACCGAGCGCUGUGCUCUCUGCAGCCCCUCCCCACGAUUAUACCAGUUAUACUUCAUCCGACGUAUCCUGUGAAGGCCUGCUCCUACAUCAUUUCUCCCGUGAAGCCUUCCCUGGCUUCGUAGUUCAGAGCCUGUGAUUCAGUGCAGUGCUCUGAGUUUCUUCUAGGACAGGAACUCCACUCUUACACUUCAGCUAUAAUUAGUCUCUGUCUCAUGCCUCCUAAUAAACCGUGAGCUCAUUCAUUCAUUCAGCCAAUCUCUGAUGCUACUACUCUGGGCACGGUUCCAUCUAGCCAGGAAGACAGGAUACGUUGGGCUAUGAGUCUGACAAACUUAGUCAGGUACAGUGCCUGGUGCAUAGGAGGCAACUAGGAAAUGUUUACAAACGUGGAGGCAGAUGGAAAGAUGGAUGGAAGAGGGAGGGAUCACAAUGUGGAGAGAGUGAACUGGAAGCCACCAGAAACGUGGAGGCUGGUAGAUGGGAGGGCGCACGAACUCUCAGGAUAUAGAGGAUGACAGGGUGAACUGUGCGUAAUUGGAGACUGCAGGGCCGAUGGCAGAAUGUCAUGAGUUCCACCAUAGGGUGGCUCGUGACUUCAACUUCUUUAGAGUUUAUCAAGUCUUCCAAAUUUUUAUGUUACUCCUUAGUUAGAACUGGCCAUUACCAUGGCCAUGAAUGUGAGACAAAGACGUGAAGAGAAGGUACAAUUCCUCCUGCUGUAGGGUCCUCAGAUAUUUCUGUUAAAAAUGUCAGGCCGGUCAAAAGCCAUGACUUCUCUUUAAUCAAAACACGGUGCCCUCCCCACCGCUGGCUGAGGGCCAACCUGUUCUGUAUAAUUUUUAUUUUCCUUUCCUAGGUUUCUCCAAGAUGCUAUGAGGUAAAGUUAAGUUGGUUACAAAUGUGCUGAUUUGGCUUAUUUUCAGAAAGUGCUUUGAGGAGGCAGUGUCCUGCGGGAGGCGAUGGUUUUCUUUAGGGCCUUCCAUCCACAGUGUGAGCCUAGGCUAAACCCACUGCUAGACAUCAGUGUCUGAGAACCAGCCAGAAAGGAAAGGGUUAAGUGAAGCCUGCAUUCCUUCCACCCAGAGAGCUGCCAUUCUAGGGGGCCAGAGGCUAAAUUUAGAGACUGGCUAAGGUUUCUUGUUAACAGCUGUCCCUCAGAGCAGAAGCACACCAGAAAGGAGAAGAAGGCCUGGUGCCUCUCUAGCUGGAGCUUCUGGUCAUUUUCCUGGGGUUCUUGGCCCUUGGUGAGGACACACUAGCCCAAGGCAGACAGAGGCUGACAGACUGUCAUGGCUACCGGCGGAGACACAGAGGAGGAGCAGGUAGUUCCAAACGAGGAGGAGGAGGAAGCCGACGUGAGAGCCGUACAAGCCCGCUACCUCAGGAGUCCCUCCCCAAGCCAGUACUCGGUGGUCUCGGAUGCAGAAACCGAGAGCAUCUUCAUGGAGCCCAUUCAUCUCUCCUCAGCGGUAGCUGCCAAACAGAUCAUCAAUGAAGAACUCAAGCCUCGGGGUCUCAGAACAGACACCGAGUGUCCAGGCAUGCUGGAGUCUGCUGAGCAGCUGCUGGUGGAAGACCUGUACAACCGUGUCCGGGAGAAGAUGGAUGACAAGAGCCUCUUCAACACCCCCUGUGUGAUGGACCUGCAGCGGGCGCUGGUCCAGGACCGGCUAGAGGCCCCUCGGAAUGAGGUGGACGAGGUCUGGCCCAACGUCUUCAUAGCUGAGAAGAGCGUGGCUGUGAACAAGGGGCGGCUCAAGAGGCUGGGAAUCACCCACAUCCUGAACGCAGCGCACGGCACAGGCGUUUACACUGGUUCUGAAUUCUACACUGGCCUGGAGAUCCAGUACCUGGGGGUGGAAGUGGAUGACUUCCCGGAGGUGGACAUCUCCCAGCAUUUCAGAAAGGCAGCUGAGUUCCUUGAUGAAGCCCUGUUGACCUACAGAGGGAAAGUCCUGGUGAGCAGUGAAAUGGGUAUCAGCCGGUCAGCAGUGCUGGUGGUCGCCUACCUGAUGAUCUUCCACAGCAUGGCCAUCCUGGAGGCCUUGAUGACAGUGCGCAGAAAGCGGGCUAUCUACCCCAACGACGGCUUCCUAAAACAGCUGCGGGAGCUCAACGAGAAAUUGAUGGAGGAGAGGGAAGAGGAGGAUGGUGAAGAGGAGUCUGAGGAGGAUGCCGGGAGCACACUGGGUGCUAGAGUAAAUUCCUUGAUGGUGGAAGAAGAAGACGAUGCCACCAGCCAUCUGAGCGGCUCCUCCUUGGGGAAGGCCAGCCAGGUCUCCAAGCCAGUCACCUUCAUUGAUGAAGAAGAGGAAGAAAAGCUGUAUGAGGAGUGGAGGAAGGGGCAGGGCUUCCCCAAGGGAGAGGCUGCUCGGGGUAGAAAGGGGAGCUGUUCUAUGUCCUCGGUACAGGAUGGAGACGACUGUGAGGAUGAGGAUGUAGAAAGGAUAAUCCGGGAGUGGCAGAGCCGGAACGAGAGAUACCAAGCCAAAGGGCGGGAGCAGUGGAAUCGGGAGGAAGAAGAGGAGGAAGAGAACUCCUGUACAGGCAGAAGGCGCAGACACACCCUAAGCGUGAGCAGUGCUUCUGAGAGUGUGAGCAGCCGUGACAUCCGGGUCCUGAAGCAGCAGCUGGAGAGGAACAGCCAAAGCCGCCGCGGAAGACACCGCUCUGAGUCCACGGAGAGCACCUGGGACAUGUGGAAUGAGAGGCUGGUGGAGAUCGAGAAGGAGGCUGCCCGGAAGUACCGCUCCAAGAGCAAGAGGGAGGAGCUGGAUGCGGAUCACUCAGAGGCAGGGAGCAGGGUCCGGGAGGACGAUGAGGAGAGCGUGUUGUCCGAGGCCAGCUCCUUCUACAACUUCUGUAGUAGGAACAAGGACAAGCUCACUGCCCUGGAAAGGUGGAAGGUUAAGAGAAUCCAAUUUGGAUUUCACAAGAAAGACUCAGAGGCGGGAGACGGGGCUAGUGAGCCUGGCACGGAAGAGGCAGAGGGAGAGAAGACCCUUUCUGAUGUCAGCCUGACAGCCUACCAGGCCUGGAAGCUGAAGCAUCAGAAAAAGGUGGGGAGUGAGAACAAGGCGGAGGUGGUUGAGAUGAGCAAAGGAGAGGACACAGCCUUAGCUAAGAAGAGACAGCGAAGACUAGAGUUACUGGAGAGAAGCAGGCAGACGCUGGAGGAGAGCCAGUCGAUGGGAAGCUGGGAGGCAGACAGCUCAGCUGCCAGCAGGAGCAUCCCCCUGUCUGCCUUCUGGUCCGCAGCCCCCUCCAUCAAUGCGGAUGGGGACACGGCGUCAGUACUCAGCACCCAGAGCCACCGUUCCCACCUGUCCCAGCCUGCCAGUAACAUGCCCACCACACCCCUGCCCAACCUGCCAGUGGGGCCUGGAGACACCAUUUCCAUGGCCAGUAUCCAGAACUGGAUUGCCAAUGUCGUCAAUGAAACCCUCGCCCAAAAGCAAAACGAAAUGCUCUUGCUGGCCCGCUCGCCCUCCGUUGCAAGCGCGAAGGCAGCAGCUCCAGCAGCCGGCUGCCUUGGGGAUGACCAACUCUCCGUGCUCAGCACCUCCCUGAGUGGCUGCUUACCGCCACCGAGCCAGGGGAGACUCAGCUCCGACACGCAGUCUGUGCUGUCCUCCACCAGCUCACUGACCUCCAGGGCUGAGGGCGGUGGGAACAGAGUGAGGGGGACCAGCAAGCCCAUCUACAGCCUCUUUGCCGACAACGUGGACCUGAAGGAGCUCGGCCGGAAGGAGAGAGAGAUGCAAAUGGAGCUGCAGGAGAAGAUGUCCGAGUAUAAAAUGGAGAAGUUGGCCUCUGAUAACAAACGUAGCUCUCUCUUCAAGAAGAAGAAAGCCAAGGAUGAUGAAGACAUCAGCAUGGGUGACAGAGACGAAGACACAGACAGUGCCAUCGGAAGCUUCCGGUAUUCCUCCCGCAGCAAUUCCCAGAAGCCUGAGACAGAUGCCUCCUCCUCUCUGGCCAUCUCCGAUCACUAUAGAAAUGGCCGCACCGUGGCCAACGAGAUGGAUAGCAAUAUCAAUACGUGGCUCAGUGGCCUCAGGAUGGACGAAAAAUCUCCUCCUCAAAGUGAUUGGUCUGGAAGCUCCCGGGGGAGGUAUACCAGAUCUUCCAUGCUCCGAGAAACAGAGUCUAAAUCCUGCAGUUACAAGUUCUCCAAAUCUAGGUCACAGGAACAGGACACCUCAUUCCAUGAAGCAGAUGGCAAUACUGUACGAAACACCUCACGGUUUUCAUCUUCCACCACCAAGGAGGGCCGAGAGAUGCACAAGUUCUCCAGGUCCACAUUCAGUGAGACCUCGAGCUCCCGAGAGGAGAGCCCAGAACCCUAUUUCUUCCGCCGGACCCCUGAACCUUCUGAUGGAGAGGGGUCCCCAGAGCCAAGUGGUCCAAACUGGACCAGGCCCAGGGACUGGGAAGAUGUAGAAGAGUCAUCUAAAUCAGACUUUGCUGAGUUUGGCGCCAAGAGGAAAUUCACCCAGAGCUUCAUGAGGUCUGAAGAGGAGGGAGAGAAGGAGAGGACAGAAAACCGAGAGGAAGGGAGGUUUGCAUCUGGGCGUCAGUCCCAGUACCGAAGAAGCACAAACCGGCGAGAGGAAGAAGAAAUGGAUGAUGAAGCCAUCAUUGCUGCUUGGAGAAAGCGGCAAGAAGAAACCAGAACCAAACUGCAGAGGAGGAGGGAGGACUGAGCUGAAGGAGGACUACCUUGGAGACACUGGGAGCACGGCAAGAAGCCACUCAACACAGGGCUUGGGAACCGCUUACCAUGACCUGCCAAGGGUUGUGCAAGUAGACAGACUCUUCCAGAUGUGCAAAACAUCUGCAAGCAUCCAAGUAGAAAGGCCCUGGACAUACAGUAGGGCAGGGAGAGAGAAGAGUCGUCCGUAUGAGUCCCAGAUGCUGGACCAGCUGACACUUUCUGUCACCCAACGCCCUCUUAGCUUUUGUGUUUCCCUUCUGUAUUUGGUAGUGUCCAUCAAAGACUGGAGAAGUGAGUCUACAAAGCCACUGAGAAAGACCUGGCUUGCAGACUGUGGUUCUCUUCAUUGGGGUUUUGCGGUGAGACCCAGGUGAUCUAUUCUCUAGCAGUUCUGGCCUCUCUUUGUCAGUGCUCGGCUGUGAUGGCUUCUUUUCAAUGUCCUGGCAUUAAAU